AGAGCACGCUUAAGCGCGUAUUUCAUUAAGCAGUAGAUAGUUCGAAGGACAAGUUACAAGGUAACACCGAUGUUACCCCCUCGAGCAGAACUCCAAGACAAGCGAGUAAUCCCCUAUAUAUACAGUAAGUACUCCUAACAAAUUACGUACUUACUUACCAAUGUACCAUGACAGUAAGCAUAACCUCAGCUAUCGUAACGGCACGCAAAGAAUGCUGCUUUGGACGGGAGCUCCCGGGAUGGAAAUGGAUACCUCCACACGCCAACGCCAUGGGGAGCUCGUGCAUGUGCAGGGCCUCCUACAUACUCCGCGUGCACCGGGCCGGCCGGCUCGGAUGCCCUAUGGCUCCAGUCCAAAAUUUGUUGCGCGCCCGCACUGUGGCCAUGAGACACGGUUGGUACGUUGGAGCCACUCCGCUUUAUUGCUGCUCCUGCCUGUGUCCGCCUGGUCCUCACCACGAUUCGCCAUAAAACCAGAUGGAAUGACAACGGAAUUUGGUUCUGCACUACUACAAGUCUACAAGAAAAAAGUUCAUCAGUGCUGCUGCCGCCCUAUCCCCGCCCCUUGUUUCUCCUGGGAGGGCAAUACUAGCUUCUUCUGAAAUUACUGCACCCCCCGUAGUAGAGCGAGAGCGACACGACGGAAUUGGGGGACGCUCUGAAUUGCUAAACUCAAAUCACAACUGAUGGCUGAUGCCUACCAUGAGCAGAUUUUUAACCCGGCAACUAGAGGGACCAUUGCACCAAACAACACUAUUCAGUACAGAAAAUUACUACUCCGGCCGUCACUAAUCUACCGCAGCUAGAGAAAACAAAUGCAAAAAUGCACAACAUCCGUCCGUCGUCCUGCUCCUGCCGCCUCGAGCUUCCAAACCACCACCGCACCGCACUCCUUCCCCCCUUAAACCCCGCAAUCAAUUCACUCCGUCACUAAUCCUCCACCCCCACCUCCCCUUCUCUCUCCACCACCUUUCCCUUCCCCACCCCUCCCAAAUCGAGCCAGCCAGCCAGGGGCACGCACCACCACCGUCACCUCACCGCCGCCGUCGCCUUUACUCUCUCACACACACUCCCCCCCAAGCUCUAGCUUUCGCCCAUGGGCGCGCCGCUGCUCCGCCGCCGCCUCCUGCUGUCCCUCGCGCUCCUGGCCGCCUGCUGCGCCGCGGUGGGGACAGCGGCGGCGGCGAAAGCGAAAGCGCCCAGGCUGUCGCCCAACUACUACCGCCACAGCUGCCCGCGGGUGCAGCGGAUCGUGUCGGACGUCAUCGCGGCGAAGCAGCGCGCCAACCCGUCGACGGCGGCGGGCACGCUGCGGCUCUUCUUCCACGACUGCUUCGUCAACGGCUGCGACGCCUCCGUGCUGGUCUCCCCGCUCUCCUCCACCGCGGCCCCGGAGCGCGCGGCGGAGAUCAACCUCUCCCUGCCCGGGGACGCCUUCGACGCCGUGGCCCGCGCCAAGGCGGCGCUGGAGUCCGCCUGCCCCGGCGUGGUGUCCUGCGCCGACGUCCUGGCGCUGGCGGCGCGGGACCUCGUGGGGAUCCUUGGCGGGCCACGGUUCCCCGUCGCGCUGGGCCGCCGCGACUCCGCCCGCUCCGAGGCGCGCGACGUGGAGGGCAACCUGCCACGCACCAACAUGUCGGCGCGCGCCAUGGUGCGGCUCUUCGCGGGCAAGGGGCUCUCGGCCCGGGAGAUGGUGGCGCUGGCCGGCGCCCACACCGUGGGCUUCUCCCACUGCGCCGAGUUCGCGCACCGCAUCUACGGAUACCGGGGCCCGGGCGCCGCCGGCGCCGGGGCCGGCCACGACCCGCGGCUCAACCCGGAGUUCGCCCGCGCGCUGCAGCGCUCCUGCGCGGGGUACCGGACCGACCCCACCGUCUCCAUCUUCAACGACAUCGUCACGCCCAGUGAGUUCGACGAGGCAUACUACAAGAACCUGCCCCACGGGCUGGGCCUGCUCGCCUCCGACGCCGCCAUCUGGGAGUACCCGCCCACCAGGGUGUUCGCGCAGCGGUACUCCGCCAACCGCACCGCCUUCUUCGAGGACUUCGCCGCCGCCAUGCAGAGGCUCGGCGCCGUCGGCGUCAAGACCGGGCGCCAGGGCGUCGUCAGACGCCGCUGCGACGCGCUCGACUGAGUCAGGCGUUCGCCGACGGCGUUGCUUGGGUGUGGCAUUGGGUCGAUCGGUGAUUGUAAGGGUUCGAAUUCGAUAGCUUUAGGAUUCGAUUAUGGGAGGGGCUCUUGUCUGUACUUGAAAACUGAGGGCAAGCUAAUUCUGAAUUGCAUAUUUGCAUACCAAUGGGGUUACAUUUUGACAGA